AUGGCCUCGUCAUUCAAGCAGUUUUGUACGAUUUGCAAUGAUGAUGGAAUCUCCAACAGAGCAGUUACAUGGUGCACAGAGUGUGAGGUUUUAUUUUGUGGAGAUUGUGAAAAACAUCACAACAAAUCAAGACUGUCUAAGAACCAUAAAAUCAUGUCAGCUAAAGAUUACCAAAAGUUACCUGCAUUAAUGCAAGAAAUAAGUUGUCAGUGCAGAGACCACAAUAAGAAAUUUGAACUAUACUGUUCUGUCCAUGCCUGUGCCUGCUGUGUCCAGUGCAUCACAGAUAAGCACCAGAAAUGCCAAGAUAUGAAACCACUGUCAGAUGUCCUAAACCAAGUAAAAUUAUCUGCUUCGGUUCAACUUUUCGAAAAAGAUUUGAAUGAUGUGAGGAAAAAUUAUGAUAAAGCCAUAAAAUAUAUGAAAGCCAGGAUCAAUAUCAUCAAUAUUCAGAAAACGGAAGCCGUUGGAGAAAUUCGAUCGAUGAGGAAAUCGAUAGCUGAUUACUUAAACAAAUUAGAGCAAACCGUACUAGAUGACUUGGAGUCUAAACAUUCGGAUCUGAAACUAAACAUGACAACUCUAGUAGACCAAAUGGAACAGCAAGCAAGUAAGAUCGAACGACUGCAGAGCCAGUUUACCAAAAUUAUGCAGUAUGCCUCAGAGCUACAAAUAUAUAUUGGUCUAAGAGAAGUUGAAAAAAUAACAUCGCAAGCAGCAAAAUACAUAGAAGCUUUAGAUAGCGGAGACCACUUCAGUGAAAAUAAUAUAGAGAUCAACAUUUCGUCUGCUCUUCAAUCAAUUUUACAAGAUGUCAAAUCAUUUGGAGAUAUUAACAUUAAUACAUUCGCCUCUACUCUCAAGAUAAAGGCCGGAAGAAAAAAUCAAGCACAGCACUUGGUUCCAAAAUUUACUGGAAUAGAAUAUAUUAAGCCAUCCUUAGUGAAAAGACUCACGGUUCCACAAAAUAUGAGGUGUUUGGACAUAAAAGCCUGUCUAGCACUACCAGAUGGUAAAUUUGCAAUACUUGAUUCAUGCGUAAGCAAGGCACAAGUUCUGCUGUUCAGUAAUGAGGGCAUCUUCAUCAGACAAAUAGUUACAUUACCUAGUAUAGGUGAUGCCUGCUUUGUAAAAAAUAAUACAGUGGCUGUCACAUUAGCCGGCGCAGGCCAAAUAGCAUUAGUUGAUGUAGAAAAGAAUGCAAUUAUCGAACAAAUUAAACUAAUUCAUAAUUGCAAUGGAGCAGCAAGUGAUUUUUUGGCCGUCAGUAGUACUUGUGGCAGCCAGAUUACUGCAAUCAAUCUGAAUGACAUGUCCCAAUCAAUCUUAGAAGUUGUUGGGGCUUAUUAUAUUUCCUUGUUCCAAGAAAAUAUAUAUUGUUCCAUUUUCUAUGAAAACAAAGUCUGGUGCUACAACAGUACUGGUGAACUGCUGUGGACAUUUGCACACCAAGAUAUUGACAAGCCAACAGGAAUGACAUUAGACAAGAACGGCUUUGUUUAUAUAGUUCCUAGUAAUGACAACAGUAUUGUGGUAGUAUCACCCGAUGGUAAAACCUGUAAAACAAUACUGACAGAGACUGAUUUACUCAAUUUUCCUUAUGCUAUAGACAUACACAGAGAAACAGGAACGAUGAUAGUGUCAAGUUACAUCAGUGAUGAUAGUGAUGAUGGUGGUAGGUUAUACCGGUAUCAUUCAGCUUUAGUUUAUAAAAUCUAA